UCGUCCUGCACCAUGCUGCAACCCCACUGCCCACCAUGUGUUUCGCAGAUAUGCGCGGCGCAACUGUCUUAUAACACGUCCGUUCCUUCAUCUUCAUCUCGUGACAAUUGCCUCCAGCCUUGGGCGCGCUGAAUAAAGCCAAGCGCAAGCAGAGUAUUAAUUCCCCAGAUAAGAGCGAGAAAGAACCAGUUUUCUGGCAUUGACCCACCAAACUCUGGUCACGUACCCCUUGAGACACCAACACUUUCUCAGCUCCAAUUGUAGAGCAAAACCCAAAUUAUGGCGGACCGCCGAGGUGCUACAACACCACCUCCAAAAUCCCCGUCUCCGGCAUCUCUUCCGCGAUCCUCGAGCCUUCCUCGCAUUGCCAACAGCAAGCUCUUCCUGCCCCUUCAGAACGAAGGAAGCGCAAUCUCCACUCGAGGACAGCACUUGCCCUCGCUGUUCAAGCGGCGACCGUCGACAAUUCGUAGCACCGAGCGCGAGCGCCGCGGAAGCGUCAGCGAGGAUGAUGAGGAUUUGGAAAGCGCCCGUCAUGGGCCUAUGAUGAACUACGACAGCGACUCGGACAGAAGGCACAGUGUUGGCGCGCAGGUUCUGAACACACCGCAGAUGCGAAGUCAGCGACUGAUUGGAAACUCGAACCCCAGGUACAAGUGGGAGAAGUACUAUAAGAGCGAAGAAGAGCUUAAGGGCAUGAAAAAGCCUUUACGAGAGUACUACGAGCGCAAUAACCAGCUCAUCCAGAACUACAUGUACAUCGAUCGUCUCCUCGAUUCUUCGCUACCUCAUAACCUGAUUCAAGAGUAUACCAACCUUGAGUCCGGCGCAGUCAAUAUCCCCUACACGAUCAGCGAGGAGUCGUCUGCUGUCAACACGCCAGCCGCAACGACGCCGAGCAACGGUCUGUUACAUAGCAAUAGUCAUUCUUCGACAAACAGCUUGACAGAAUAUGGCACGAACGGAAAUGCAAACGGAAGUACAAAGACCAAGCUCACACGAACCCCGAAGAAUCUGUACAAGGUCCCUGAGGUCGACGAGAACACACCUCUGAUUCUGCGAGACGAAGCCAUUUCAGAUGACGAGGACGACGAGGGGUCGUCGAACUCGAAGCUGAUGGAAUGGGUGCCCGAGGAGGGCGAAGACACGGACAGCCCUAUCGUCAAGCUGGCACUCUACGUCAACCUGGCAGCCAACACCGCACUGCUGAUUUUGAAGAUCAUAGUGGCGGUCAUGACAUCCUCGCUUUCCGUCGUAGCCAGUUUGGUUGAUGCGGCAUUGGACUUCCUCAGUACAGCUAUCGUGUGGUUCACGUCCUGGAUGAUCGCACGUCAGGAUCGCUAUGCCUACCCAGUUGGCAGGCGGCGUUUGGAGCCAAUCGGCGUGCUUGUCUUCUCUGUUAUCAUGAUUACCUCUUUCUUCCAGGUCGGCAUCGAGGGUAUCUCCCGUCUCUCCGGACCGGACCACACCAUCGUGCAGCUUACCAUCCCCGCUGUCGCUAUCAUGGCUUCCACGGUCGUCAUCAAGGGGCUUUGUUGGCUUUGGUGCCGCCUCAUUCGCAAUUCUUCUGUGCAAGCGCUUGCACAGGAUGCCAUUACCGAUGUUGUCUUCAACACCUUCUCUAUCUUCUUCCCGCUUGUUGGCUACUUUGCGAAGAUCUGGUGGCUGGAUGCGCUGGGUGGUAUACUGCUCUCGGCCUACGUGAUCAUCAAUUGGUCGCGCACAUCCGCAGAACACAUUCGCAACUUGACUGGUGCGAGUGCGACUGCUGAUGAGCGGAACAUCUUGCUGUACAUGACGAUGCGGUUCGCCAAGUCAAUCAAGAGGAUCCAGGGUAUUCAGGCCUACCACGCUGGCGACAAGCUCAACGUGGAGGUCGACAUCGUGGUCGAUGAGCACACUGCACUAAGGGACAGCCACGAUCUCGGAGAGAGCUUGCAGUAUGUUCUCGAGAGUGUACCAUAUGUCGACCGUGCAUUCGUCCAUAUCGAUUACACGGAUUACAACUUUCCCACGCACAUGUCGCAGCAAGAAUAAGACGGCUGAGACAGUUUUUAUUGUGUCGCUUGAUUGAGAUCAAGGCAUCUGUGUCAUAUGUACCCGCCUCUUU